CGUUCAUUUUUUUUUUCUCAAUCUAAAAAUAUCAUACUCUAACUCCGGUGAUGUUCCGCAGUCGUAAUAAUAUAAAAAAGCGGGAAAUUAACGCCUAACAACUGUCUGACAUUGUCAGUCAGUGAUCAUGGCUUACAGCGCAAUAACCUCACCACCUCCCUUACGAUUUCACUCUCCCUUUCACCACCAACCACCCAAACCACACUCUAUCGUCUUCUGCUCCUUUGGUAACCAGAAGAACCCAACAUCAAAAACUACAUGUUUUUUCAAACCCAACAAGAAUAUUCCCAUUUUUUCACACCGGCCUUUGCUCUCUGCUCCGAAACUGAGAUUCAAUGUUCAGUAUUCUGCUGGAGAGGAAGCAGAGCCGCUUGUAACUGACACCACAAAUCAGGAAGACUUUUCUUGGUCUUCUGUCAUUUUGCCAUUUUUCUUCCCAGCACUGGGAGGAUUGCUAUUUGGGUAUGACAUUGGGGCCACUUCUGGGGCUACCCUAUCCUUGCAGUCAGCUGAGCUUAGCGGGAUAUCAUGGUUCAACCUUUCUGCUGUUCAGCUUGGUCUUGUGGUUAGUGGUUCUCUUUAUGGAGCUCUUCUUGGUUCCCUCCUUGUCUAUCCAAUUGCAGAUUUUCUGGGAAGGAGGCGGGAACUAAUCGCAGCAGCAUUGUUAUAUGUGUUUGGUGGUCUGGUCACUGGCUAUGCACCAGGUCUCAAUGUUCUUUUAUUCGGACGUCUUCUUUAUGGUCUUGGUAUUGGCUUGGCCAUGCAUGGCGCUCCUCUCUAUAUUGCAGAAACUUGCCCAUCACAGAUUCGUGGAACUCUCAUAUCUCUGAAGGAACUCUUCAUAGUUCUAGGAAUUCUGAUGGGCUUUUUAGUUGGAAGCAUCCAAAUUAAUGCAGUUGGGGGCUGGCGUUACAUGUAUGGAUUUGGUGUCCCAAUUUCUUUGCUUAUGGGAUUAGGCAUGUGGAGUCUCCCACCAUCUCCAAGAUGGUUGCUCCUCAGAGCAGUUCAAGGUAAAGGAUCUUUCCAGGAAUAUAAAGAGAAGGCCAUUUCUUCCUUGAGCAAACUUAGGGGCCGGCCUCCUGGUGACAAAGUGUCUGAGAAACAAAUAGAGGAAGCUCUGGUCUCACUGAAGUCUGCAUAUAAAGAAGAUGAAACUGAGGGGAGUUUCUGGGAGGUACUUCAAGGACCGAGUUUGAAAGCAUUCGUUAUUGGUGGGGGUUUGGUGCUUUUCCAACAGAUAACAGGGCAACCAAGUGUUCUAUAUUACGCAGGUCCAAUACUUCAGAGUGCUGGAUUCUCUGCAGCUGCUGAUGCCACGAGAGUCUCUGUUGUAAUUGGUCUGUUCAAGUUGGCGAUGACAUGGAUAGCUGUCCUAAAAGUCGAUGACCUCGGAAGAAGACCAUUGCUAAUUGGAGGUGUCAGUGGGAUUGCUCUUUCUUUGUUUUUGCUUUCUGCUUAUUACAAAUUUCUUGGAGGUUUCCCACUUGUUGCUGUUGCAGCUCUGCUUCUAUAUGUCGGUUGCUACCAGAUAUCAUUUGGGCCUAUUAGUUGGCUGAUGGUUUCAGAGAUUUUCCCACUUCGCACCAGAGGAAGGGGAAUCAGUCUUGCAGUUCUGACUAACUUCGGCUCCAAUGCCAUUGUAACCUUUGCAUUCUCACCAUUGAAGGAGCUGCUUGGAGUUGAGAACCUUUUUCUCCUUUUCGGGGCUAUAGCUUUGUUGUCUCUCUUGUUUGUAGUGGUCAUCGUCCCAGAGACUAAAGGUUUGAGUUUGGAAGAAAUUGAAUCCAAAAUCUUGAAGUAAAACUCGAAACUGUCAGAACUCAUAAGCUUCCAGUGCGCAAAUUGUUAUGGUUAGUCUGUUAUUGUGGUAUUGGAAGCUCAUCCUUUUCCAACUUCUACAUGGAAUGGCUUGCAUAUCUAUAUAUGCUGUAUGCAAUAUUAGAUAAUUUGAGAAAACUGUUAGUUCCUAAAACUUGAUUACGGUUUGUCAUUAAGAACAAUAUAUCAUUGCUCUCUC